CGUGCACUAGAGCAAAGCAACCUAGGUCAAAGUGAAAUAGGACAGCACGAUAACAGCUUUUUGGGCGAGAUAUUUGAAACUGCUGUUAUUGACUGCUAGGUUGCUCGUAUGGAUAUGUUUUGAAAUCGAGAGUGAUUUACGAGAACGCCACGACAAAUCAGUCUCUUUCAACCAUUCCGGAAACUCCUGAACGACUUCAUUUACCCACCACCCUCGCAAUCACCAGCAUCUGUUAAUGAACGCGGUUCGAAGCUAUAUUUUACGGCAGCAGCAAGCAGGGUUGACGGCGGUUGAGCGCGGGUUCGUUGCCGAAGAAGAAGACGAUGGAACGACGGGGUCGCAAACAGACCGAUCGUCGCUCUAUAGCGCGAGCAUGUAUACGGCUUAUGAAGGCGAAUAUGACGAUGAAGAGACGUCGUCUUUGACGGAGAAGGAGGGGUAUAAUGGGUCAGAGGAUCCAAAGAGUAGGAAUGGGCCUGCGAGUGGGACGGCGCAAUCUGAAUCAAUACAGUCUCCUUCGUCGACGUCGUCUUCCGGCUACGAUCAGACUUCAACUCCGGAGCUACUUCCCCACAAACCGAGACCGGUAGUUACGAGGAAGAUAACGACUUCAGCUUCUGGGGUUUACUUCUCGAAACUUAGUAUAGGACGGUUAGCACAAACCGCACCACCUGCAGCUCAGUAUUACGAUAAACACGAUUCGGCAGCUGGGUUGGUGAGAGAUAUACUUCCCGCCGCUGGAUUCUUCACAACAAUAAGUCCCGACGACCGAGGCCACAUGCGUGCAGUUGGCACGCGCCGAACCAUGCCAAGUUCAAAGACUACCGUUUUCUCAAAGAUAUUUCGGGUGGCAGAUGAACACGUUCCUCAAUGCCGGGAGCUGGUUGACCAAGCACUCGAAAACGAUCUGGAUCCUUUGUGUCGAUAUCUGAGGGGUCACCUUUCGUCCAAACACCCGAGUCCAAACACGAGCACAUACAAACGCAUGCAGCGGUACCACUCCACAAUCCGCAAUAUCUUCCUUCGCCGAGCGGCCGUUAAAGGCGACAUUCUAAUCCGCGCAAGUGUAAUGACUGAAUCCUCGUCCUUGCCCACCGCUCUACCGCAACAGACAAACGACUCGGAGCCAUUGCUGUCGCAAGCGACCGGUAUCACAAUGGCGCCUAGUUAUAUCAAAGAAAUUUCUCCCGUGGUGGGCUUUGCGCAAUGGCGUGUGGUGCUGGAGAAACAUUCGCCUUACAGUCUAAGGCUUUUCCUGUUUGAUGUGCAGACUCUGCCUGCACGGAUGAACGUGCUACUUGAUGAGUUCUUAUAUCUUUUGCAGGCUGGUAGUUUGUUGAGGUCGAUGUCCUUCGUGCCGGAGUUUCCUGGCGGAGUAGUUGAUGAGUUUCGAUAUUCGCACUACCUGCGCUCGAAGCGAAAAAUUCAGAAACGCGUUUUUCAAGGGAGAAAGUACAUCACGGUUCAGAACUUGGUUGUGUCUGAUGAGUACCGGAACGAGGGUAUAGCUUCUCAGCUGCUGCAGUAUGGCCUUGAUAUGGCCGACACUCAGAAUCUUCCAAUAUACAUGGAAGUCUCCUCUCUACCCCUGCUAAUACUAUGCGAGACAUUUGGCUUCAAACUAAUCCACGAACUCCGUCUCAUCGAUCCCAAAACAUCCAAACCAGCAGCAGCAGCAACAAUGGAUGUCACGCAACCUUUACUAUCAUCAUCAAAGGCGAUGGGUGUACCGCAGAGCUGCUCGGUCUACUGCAUGGUGCGCGAACCGGAUUUGAAGAAAUUAACGCCUCUGCCGGUGUUGCCGCCGUCGAGGAGGAAGUCCUUAGACGAGGAAGUGGAGAAGUACUGAGUUGAAUAUUUGGGGAGGGUUUCAUACAUAUGGAGUUUGUUUUUCCUGUGGAUCUUGUUCCGACAUCAUUUGUUCAAGCAGCUUGGAAUUUAGGGUACCUUUUUUGACCAUUUGUACAGCAUUUGGAGGAUUUUUGCGCAAAUUAUAUAAUUAGUUUUAGGGAAAUUCCAUAAAUAACACCUUGGCCUCAUGAGUUGCUCUCUUCUUGGUCAACGUUCUUGAAACUAGUCUUGCGGUAAUCCCCCACCGUUUUCGAAGCAGGCCCCCAGAUCUCUGCGAUCCUGCUCGAGAGCGCCUUUCCGAUUUUUUUCCUUGCAAUCCUCGCGUUUCGAUCACACCGGUUCAUGAUCAAAUCUCGAGAGGCUUGUUCUCCAUUUCUGUUAUACUCCUCUUUCAGUGCUGUCCAUAGAUGUUUUGGCGUCGGAAACUCUUUUUGAAUCU